AUGGAUUUAGUUCGAAAUUUACUUCGAGCAGUUGCUCCGUAUGCUGAUGGCGAUCUGUCCGAUCGGUUCAACUACUGUUAUUCCACCACAGUCUUAGUUGUCCUAUCAGCAUUCAUUUCUGGAUGGAGUUUUGUUGGCACUCCAAUUCAAUGUUGGUUUCCGGCCUAUUAUAAAGGAUGGUGGAUAGAAUAUGCAUUAGAUUAUUGUUUUGUACAGAAUACUUAUUUUAUUCCGUUUACUGAAGUAAAACCUUCAAAUUAUUUUGAUAUUCAUAUUCAUCAUAAUUCAGGUUAUUACCAGUGGGUACCGUUUAUUUUGGCCUUACAAGCGAUACUAUUCUAUCUUCCGGUAGUUUUAUGGCGAACUAUUUAUGCCUGCAAUGUCCAAGUAAUAUGUGACACGUGCAACAUCGGGUCAAAUAUGGCUACUUCCGAUCGCACAAAAAAUAUGGACAAGAUUGCAAGCUUUUUGGCUUACGAUCGAGACAUAAAAGAUAAUUUCGGUGGCAACAUCCGGCACCUAACAUCUGGAAAAUCGUUAAUUGCUUCUUACAUAGGUAUUAAACUGUUGUAUGCACUCAACGCAUUGGCACAGUUCGUGAUUCUAAAAAAAUUUCUUGGUGUCGAAAGCAUCUGGUGGGGUGGCCGUGUACUCAGCGAUAUUACGCAGGGUAAAGAAUGGCCUGAAACUGCACAUUUUCCUCGGGUUACACUUUGCGAUUUUACGGUCAGAGUAUUGGGCAACUUACAUAGACAUACGGUCCAAUGCGUUCUUAUGAUUAAUAUGUUCAACGAAAAAAUUUUCAUCUUUCUUUGGUUCUGGCUAUUACUUGCUAUUGAUCCUGUGAUAGCACGUAGUGAACGUCGCAAAUCGUUGGUAGAUGAAUUUAUUGCUGAAAAUCUUCGACCAGACGGCUUAUUCUUGAUUCGUCUAAUUCAAGCAAAUUCCGGUGAUCUAGUAACCUAUGAACUGGUGCGAACACUUUGGAAGCGGUUCAUGAGUACACGAAUUGAGCCACCACCAUAUUCAGAGCCAACUUUAUUGUCCAAAAAACCGUUGAACUCAAAAAGUAAAAGCUUUGUCUGA